AUGGCAAGUUCAACAAAACUUCAAGGAUACACUUUCACUCGCGUGAAGUUACUCCGACGAAAAGAAGUAGAGAGUGGGCUAACCCUGCAGACUAUGAGUUUGUCGGAUCUCUUUCGUCUACUGCUCAAGCCGCCAGCACGAUUGUUCAUCGCAUUUAACAAUAUAAAUGGCCGCUUAUUCUUGACCCCAGUGGACAAAUACAUUACUUAUAUCCCGAAUCCCGUUUUACCCACCUCAAACAGCUCAUAG